AUGCUGUGUGCAAAUGCAGACGGAAGUCACAGAACAAAGUCCGCCAUUGUGGGGAAGUCAAAAAACCCACGUGCUCUGAAAAAUUUAAUGAACAAGCUACCUGUGGUCUACUACAGCUCAAAAACAGCUUGGUUUACUGGAGAUAUUUUUGUAGACUGGUUCAAAAAUCAUUUUUGCAAAGAAGUUAGAGAUUUUCAGAUAAAGAAGUGUGGAGUGAGACGGAAUGAUGUCAAGGCAUUACUCUUGGUUGACAAUGCCCCAGCUCAUGUAGGGCUCGACAAAUUAACGUCACAUGAUGGACGCAUCAAAUGUAUGGCCUUGCCUCCCAAUACCACCUCUCUGAUCCAGCCAAUGGAUAUGGGUGUUAUAUAUGCAAUGAAAAGGCUCUACAAACGAGAAAUGAAUAAAGAAAUCAUGGUGGUGUUUGAGUCAGAUGAAGACAAAAGACAAGGAACCGAUUCGCGAGGUCAAGCAACACUGGAACGUUACCAAAAAUACUCAAUUAAGGAAGGCAUUUACAACUGGGCUAAAGUUUGGGAUGAAGUUCAAGAGUCAACAUUAAGAAAUUGUUGGAAAAAACUCCUGUUGCUUGAUCAUGCUGAUGAAGUGACUGAGGAAGAAAUGGAUUUUGAAGGAUUUUCAAAUGAUAUUUAUCAAGAACUGCGUGCCGCUGGUGAGACGGAGUUGACGCUGAACGAUGUGGAGGAGUGGUUAGAUAUUGAUGCAGUCGAUCCACCCAUUGCGAUCCGUGAAAAGUCUUCAUCUACAAGCCAUACUGCACCCACUGGGAAUUCAACAAGUCAUGCAACAUCCACCAGCAAUGAGUGCCCCACAAGCCAUGUUGCACUCGCCGAUGCUGAUUCAUCAACAAGUCAUGCAGCAUCUGCUAACGAAUGA